UGGUGGGGGGGGGGUGUAGGUGUCGCGAACGCGCGUCAACGUCUCUUUAACUGUUGGACGAGUGUGCGCGCGGGCGCGUGUGUCCGCCAGUGAGGAGCGCGGCGCGAGGCCCGGGUUCAAAUAAUUCCGUCCGACCCGAACCCGCCCGGAACCAACGGCCGGCACCUCGGAACCUGCCCGGAACCAACGGCCAGCGGUGCCGUUCCCCCACCCCCCGAGCGGAGGCCUUGUGCGGGAGAGUGGUCGGGCGGCAUGUCGGAGGACGGGCGCUACUACAGCGAGCAUGAUGACCGUGUUGGGAAUUUUACGGCGCACAAAAAGAAAGGACGCGGUCCAUUCCGGGGGAAGAUGUACAGUGACAUCAAUCACAGACCAAGGAGCCGAGGUGGUGGAGGGCUCAACCCCCGAAUGCGGUUCGAGGACGACGAUGGUGACGUGGCGAUGAAUGACUACGAGCCUGUGAGACCACGGUAUUCACCCUAUGGCUCCAGGCCGUCGCGACGCCCAGACAGUUGGUACGACCGUGAUGGGGGACCCUCCAGUAUUCAUGUCACUGUGAAGCCAGGCGCGGAGAGGGGUGCAAGUAACAGCGCCAGCAAUCGGAGGGGCUGGUAUAAAAUCACCAUUCCCCAUGGAAAGGCAUACGAGAAGUCUUGGCUUCUGUCAACUUUGGAGGCCAAGUCCUCUGUUCCGUUUACGCCCGUCCAGUUCCAUUAUGAUGGUAACCGGGCGGUGUUCUUUGUGGAAGAUUCUACAGCAGCAGUUGCUUUGAGACAAAUAUCCAGGAAGAUUACUGGCAAAGAUUCUUACCGGAUUGCGAUCCUGAUAGACCAGUCAAACCCACCACCUUCCAUUGCAAAUGAGCUCAAGGCAGAAGAAAUAGAGCACAUAAAGCAAUGCAUGAGUAAGCGUUACGAUGGAUCUCAGCAGGCCCUCGAUUUAAACAGUAUACGCAGUGACCCAGAUCUUGUCUCCCAGAACAUUGAAGUGGUUUUGAACAGGAGGAAUUCCAUGAGAACAAUUGUCAAAAUAAUAGAAGAAAACAUUCCAGAGCUGCUCUCCCUCAACCUCGGCAACAACAAGCUCCACCGACUGGAUGACCUGGCAGAACUGAUUGCUAAAGUUCCCAAUUUGAAAAUAUUGAAUCUUUCCAGAAACGAGCUCAGAUCUGAGAGGGAUCUGGACAAAAUAAAAGGCUUCAAGCUGGAAGAGCUUUGGUUGGAAGGGAACCCGCUAUGUGGCAGCUUCCGAGAUCAGGCCACCUAUGUCAGUGCGGUCAGGGAAAAAUUUCCAAAGCUGCUCAGACUGGAUGGCCAUGAGCUGCCACCUCCAAUAUCUUUUGACUUGGAAACACCAACCACACUGCCUUCGUGCAAGGGUAGCUACUUUGGCACAGAGGAAAUCAAGGUCCUUGUAACACGUUUCAUUCAGCAGUACUACUCGGUGUACGACUCGACGGACAGGCAGGGGCUGCUGGAUGCUUACCACGAUACGGCCUGCUGCUCACUGAGUAUUCCCUUCUCGCCACAGAACCCUGCCAGGAGCAGUUUGGGAGAGUAUUUCAAAGAAAGCAGGAAUGUGAAGAAACUGAAAGAUCCAACACUUCGAGCGAGGUUGUUGAAACACACCAGACUAAACGUGGUUGCUUUUCUCAACGAGCUGCCAAAGACACAGCAUGACAUAGCGUCCUUCGUUGUGGACGUCAGCGCGCAGACGAAUACACUGCUCUGUUUCACCAUACAUGGAGUUUUCAAAGAAGUCGAUAGCAAAUCCAGAGAAUCAGUGAGGGCCUUCUCGAGGGUGUUCAUUGCUGUGCCUGCUGGGAACACAGGGCUGUGCAUCGUCAACGACCAGCUCUUCAUCAGGAACGCGACCACUGAAGAGAUCCGCAAGGCCUUUGUGACGCCGGCGCCCACGCCGUCGAGCAGUCCCGUGCCCACCCUCACCGCCCCGCAGCAGGAAAUGCUGCAGGCUUUCUCCCUGCAAUCCGGCAUGAACAUAGAGUGGUCACAGAAAUGUCUGCAAGACAAUGAGUGGGACUUUAAUCAGGCCGCACACAUCUUCACACAGCUCAAGGCCGAAGGAAGAAUCCCCGAAAUAGCGUUUCUGAAGCAGCUGUGAAGAGAGAGAGUGUUACACUACUGUGUCAGGUCUGAGGCUUCAAAGAUAGAGCCAGGACCCUUGAUUUUCCUGUUCAGACCCAAAGCCUCCUCGUAAACUAAUUCAAUAAGUAUAAUGUGAAGUACAUUGCCACUUAGACUCGUUAUUUUUCUAGUAUAUUGCAGUCUAGCCUUAAGAACGUUGAAGUUCACUGUAUUUUUGAGUUGUGUAAGGUCUUUGUGGUGCCAGUGUUUUCAAGUAUUUUUUAUGGGU